AUAAUCCCAAUUUUUGUUGAUUCAAAUGUCAAUGGCUUUUCAGUGGCUUUCUCAUCAAACUUUUUCCUAAAACCUUCUUUCUCUCUUUCGUGAAAUUCAUCAACAAGAUUUUUGCACGCCUUCAUUCAUUAAUCAUUAUCGCCUCCCCUUUCUGCAAUAUACAGAAAGCACCCAGAUCAAGUCUCGAGUCUCUCUUUCUUUUUUCUCCUUCUCAUUCCGAAAAAGAAAUGGACCAAAACAAUCCGGUGAGGUUCACCCUGGGAAAGCAAUCCUCUCUUGCACCAGAUAUGGCCGUGAUUGAAUCGUUAGUAGAUGCGAAAGAGGAGGGUGAAGGUGGAGUGUUGGACAUUGAUCCGAGGGUGAGGCUGAUGUACUUGGCAAAUGAAGGCGAUUUGGAGGGGAUUAAGGAGAUUUUGGAGUCCGGGGUCGACGUGAAUUCGCCUGACAUUGAUCACCGGACUGCUCUCCAUGUGGCUGCCUGCCAGGGUUUCACUGAUGUUGCUCAGCUCUUGCUUGACAAUGGCGCUGAAGUUGAUCCCAAGGACCGCUGGGGUAGUACGCCUCUGGCAGAUGCAAUACAUUAUAAAAAUCAUGACAUGAUUAAGCUACUGGAAAAAUAUGGGGCAAGGCAUCCGGUAGCUCCCACACAUGUCAAAAAUGCUCGUCAAGUUCCAGAAUAUGAGAUUUGCCCAGAAGAGCUUGACUUCACUAAUAGUAUUGAAUUGGCCAAGGGAACAUUUCACAUAGCCUCGUGGCGUGGAACACAAGUUGCUGUAAAAAAGUUUGGAGAAGAAGUGAUUGCUGAUGAGGAGAAAGUGAGGGCAUUUAUAGAUGAGCUAACACUUCUUCAGAAAAUUAGACAUCCAAAUGUGGUUCAAUUUCUUGGUGCUGUAACACAGAGUAGUCCGAUGAUGAUAGUGGUGGAAUAUUUACCAAAGGGAGAUCUACGUGCCUAUCUAGAUAAAAAUGGACCGCUUAAGCCUACAAAAGCUCUUAGAUUUGCAAUGGACAUUGCAAGGGGGAUGAACUAUUUGCAUGAAAACAAACCCGAGGCAAUCAUUCACCGUGAUUUGGAGCCCUCAAACAUUUUGCGAGAUGUUACUGGGCAUCUGAAAGUUGCUGACUUUGGAAUUAGUAAGUUAGUAAAAGUAACAAACAGAGUCAGAGAGGACCGGCCCUUGGCAUGCGACGAGGCUUCUUGCCGCUAUGUAGCUCCGGAGGUUUUCAAGAAUGAAGAAUAUGAUACCAAAGUGGAUGUUUUUUCCUUUGCGUUAAUCUUACAAGAGAUGAUUGAAGGCUGUCCUCCUUUUCGUGCCAAGAAAGACAACGAAGUGCCUAAAUCAUAUGCGGCAAAGCAACGCCCACCUUUUAAAGCACCUGCGAAGUUUUAUGCUCAUGGGCUUAAAGAGUUAAUUGAGGAAUGUUGGAAUGAUAAGCCAUCCGAACGGCCUACUUUCAAGCAAAUAAUACCAAGGCUGGAGUCUAUAUACAACAAAUUUGGCCACAAGAGGCACUGGAAGGUGAAACCGUUGAAAUGCUUCAAUAACUUUGAGGCGAUGUGGAAGAAAGACGGGUCUUCUAGCUUGGGCAGUGGAACAAGGUCAUCUCGUUCUACCCGCAGCAUUUAACCGGUUUUGGAUAUUUCGUUUGGUCGAUUCGAUUGUGCAUAAAGUCUUCUUUUUUUUUUUCCAUUCUUUUUUAUUUUUCACCCCCAAUAAUUUCACCAGUGUUUCCCACUGGAUGUGAUUUAUAGCUCAAAUUGGCUUGCAAAUAUGUCUUGUACUAUGUUUAUUUUUUAAUGUAGAAUGCUAACAUGCAUUCUUACUAUACACAAUGUCUAUACUUGUGCAGUUUUCCAAUCUACUCCCUCCGUCCCACUAUAUUCGUCCACUUUUGACUUUUGGAAUUGUUCAUCUAAGCAUUUUGACUCAUCAAAUUCUCUCACUGUGUAUGCCUAAAUAUAGUCAUGUGUGAUCU